UUCAAGUAGCUGCACUAAUGUUGGAGGGGUCUACGUGGCGACUCGGUGGUUCUCAUGGGUAAAAACACCAUGAUGAAGAGGUCUAUCAGGAUCCAUGCUGAUAACACUGGCAACAAUGCCUUCCUCAAUCUCAUUCCUCUCCUUGUCGGAAACGUGGGUCUGAUUUUCACCAAGGGUGAUUUGAAGGAGGUCAGUGAAGAGGUCGCCAAGUACAAGGUUGGGGCUCCUGCUCGUGUUGGUUUGGUAGCACCAAUUGAUGUUGUUGUCCCUCCGGGCAACACCGGUCUGGAUCCAUCGCAGACGUCCUUUUUCCAAGUGUUGAAUAUACCAACAAAGAUUAAUAAAGGAACUGUCGAAAUUAUAACCCCUGUUGAGCUUAUUAAGAAGGGUGACAAGGUUGGGUCCUCUGAGGCUGCCCUCCUUGCAAAGCUUGGCAUAAGGCCAUUCUCUUGUGGCCUUGUUGUUCUUCAAGUUUAUGAUGACGGGUCUGUCUUCAGCCCUGAAGUCCUUGAUCUUACUGAUGAGGACCUGAUUGGGAAGUUCUUUGCUGGUGUCUCUAUGGUGACAUCACUGUCGCUUGCUAUCUCAUAUCCAACCCUAGCUGCUGCACCACACAUGUUCGCCAAUGCCUACAAGAACGUUCUUGCAGUUGCUGUUGCUACUGAGUAUUCCUUCCCUCAGGCAGAGAAAGUUAAGGAGUACCUAAAGGAUCCUAGCAAGUUUGCUGUUGCUGCUGCCCCUGUUGCAGCAGCUGCUUCUGGUGGUGCCCCAGCUGCUGCUGCUGCCAAGGAGGAAGACAAGAAGGAAGAGCCGGCUGAGGAGUCGGAUGAUGACAUGGGUUUUAGUUUAUUUGACUAAACCUUGUUUCAGUGGUGAUUAUUCCUUGAUGGUUUACUUUAGAAAUGUUUUGUUUUAUGGAUAAUUUUUAUGUUUAAUAUGCCAUUUUACUUGGACUUGAAAAAUAUUUCCUCCAGUUGAGAGAAUUAUUAAUUUUGAUGUUGUUUUGCAGUUUUGUUUUUUCA